CCGUUCAACUCUCCCCGCUCCGAUAUCAUCUUGCGGUCCCGCGAUAGAGUCGACUAUCGGGUGCGCAGCAGUAUAUUGGCGGAGGCGUCCUCCGUCUUCGAGGAUAUGUUCGACAUCGCCAGAGAAGCUCCCGUCCAGCAAUGCCCCAGGAGAGACGGUAUCCCUGUCGUACCUGUCACGGAGACGAGCGAGGUCGUGGAUCUUCUCCUCCGCCUCUGCUACCCUGUUACUACGCCCGUAUUCACGUCGCUCUCGCAAGUCAGGGACGUCUUGACGGCUGUGGACAAGUAUCUCAUGGAGGGCUUGACAGAGAUGAUGAAGAGACAGCUCACCGAUUUCACGCUCGAUGGCGCGCAUCCACUGCUUGUCUACAUUACAGCAUACGCCUAUCACUUUGAAGACGUCGCACGUGUUGCCGCGCAGCGCACCAUUGGACAACCCUUACAGGACGUCUAUUUCACCGAGCUGGAGGACUUGACGGCGGGCGCAUAUCAUCGGCUCCUCCAGUUCCACAAUGCAGGCGAUGCCGACGCGCUCCCUGCGAUGCCCUUCCUCUGUGCCGAACUACCGCAGGCGUCGACACGGGCACCGUUUGUGUGGGUGUCCUGCACAGGCUGCACCGCGUACACACUUCCUCGCGCGUUCUGCAACCCAUGGGGAUUGCGAAAUUGGUGGUGUGAGUGGCUGCUGCAAGUAGCUAAGCUGCUCAACGGUGUACCAUGCGGGCAGACCGUCCUUGAUCGACAAGCCAUGCGCUGUGCCUUGAAGAACGCGGCCACCUGCAAGACCUGUGGGCCUAUUGCGGCAUUUCACUUGCAGCAAUUCUCCCAGAGUCUCUCAGCUAAGGUGGACGCUAUGCUAGUGGACGAGAUGGUGCGUAUUUGGAGCAUGUGUUCAGCAUGA